GUCGUACAGCAGUCGUCGCGAUUAUACCUUCCGCCUCGGGAAAGUUUCAGGUGACGAUGUUCGCCGUUACAUCGAGGAAGACAAGGCAGAGCAGCGGUGAGGCGGGAGAUGGCACAGAGGGGAAAGAGGACACCGGCUCGGAUUGUCCCCCACGGACGCCGACGUCGCCAUCGAUGACAGCAUCAUCGAUGACAUCGUCGACGCUGCAGCCCAUCGUUCGUACGCCGGGGUCACCGAACUUGUCAAUGGUAUGUUCCGCCAGCGAUGUCUCGAUUGAUCAGCAACAGCGACGACGACGGCAGCAGCAAUCACAAGAAUUAUCUUUGACACAGACUACGGAAACAACAACAGUCACCGCGCCCUCAGCAUCCGUUAAUGACAAAGCCAUCCGUUCCACGAACAUCCUGUCUUUGCCGGCUUCGUCAAAGCGAUCAUCGGCGAGCAACGUUUCGUCCAACAAGACGCCUAUCACAAAGUCGCAGAUGAAGGAAUUCCGAGAGGCCUUCAGGCUGUUUGACAAGGACGGCGAUGGAACGAUUACUAAAGAAGAACUCGGCAGAGUUAUGCGUUCUCUGGGACAAUUUGCGAGAUCGGAGGAGUUGAGUACGAUGCUGCAGGAAAUCGACAUUGACGGUGACGGAAACGUCAGUUUUGAAGAAUUCGUCGAGAUCGUAAGCAACAUCGGUGCAAACACGGCUGCUCCCUCGGAUCAGGAUCAAGAAGAGCAAGAAUUGCGAGACGCCUUUCGAGUAUUUGACAAACAUAAUCGUGGGUAUAUCACUGCGUCGGACCUUAGAGCGGUUUUGCAAUGUCUGGGAGAAGAUCUUUCCGAGGAGGAAAUCGAAGACAUGAUUAAGGAAGUGGAUGUGGAUGGGGACGGCCGAAUUGAUUUCUAUGAAUUCGUUCAUGCUCUCGGCGAGUCGGGAAUCGACGAAGACGAAGAAGACGACGAAGAAGAGCUGCAGUCACCGCUUCUCUUUGUUAGAUAA